AUGCCGCGGUGUCUCAUGGCCAAGAAGUGGAAGGCCUACCCCUGGCCCGACCGGGAGGACGACUUUGAGACCGUCGACGACGAGCCGCAGCCUCCUCAUCGUCACCGGGAGGACGACGGAGCCCAGCCGUCGGAGGUCAACCAGAAACGGAUCAACCCCGUUAGAUCCGAGGCCGAGGACGAGGAGAUCGACGUCGUCGGCGAUGCCGACGGCAGGACGCCACCCCAGACUUGCUGGGGUCCCCACAGCCCCACCGCUGGAGCAACGGCGCCGAGUCCGCCGCCGUUGAACGCUUCCGGGGCGCUUUACUACCACGGUUACACCCCGGAGACAUGGAUCGGGCACGAGGAGCCUCCGAAGUACGCGACGCUGCGUUCGGCCGCAGAACUUCAGGGGAUCGAGCCAUCGUCGCCUCGAGCGGAGAGUCCAGAUGCCGUGGUACCAAGUUCCGGAGGAGGUGGUGGAUUUCCGGCGGUCGUUCCGCCGCGUAAGAGCCUGGCGAUGUGCUUCACGAGCACCGGAGUCGCACUCUCGCUGCCGCCUAAGAAGAAGGACAUCUACAGACCGUACAGCCUGCAGUCGGCGUUGCAGCAGCAGCAGCCUGCGGAGAUUCGAACGCCGGCGGAAGAGGACCUUUCCGCCGCCCAGGCGAUCCUCGACCUGAGCGCCUCGCCCGCCGCACCCAGCCACUCCGUCUUCGUCCAUACCUUGACGCAGCCGGACGUCGCCGCCGUCGCGGCGCCCCCGACGCUUCCAGUCCUCGCUUCGCCGUCUCCGGGGGACGCGGCAGGAGUAGGGGGGGCGCGUCAGGAGCCACAGUCGCCGGCGAUCGCGGAGAACAAGACGGUCGCCUACACCUACGAGGCCUUCUUCGUGUCGGACGGGAGGUCGAAGAAGCGGACGGUGCAGAACGCGGCGGUGCCGGAAAAGGAGGCGACGCAACCGGACCGCCCGAAGUACACGUGCACGGAGUGCGGCAAGCAGUACGCGACCUCCUCGAACCUCUCGAGGCACAAGCAGACCCACCGCAGCCUCGACUCUCAGUCGGCAAAGAAGUGCAUCCACUGCGGGAAGGCCUACGUCAGCAUGCCGGCACUCGCGAUGCACGUCCUCACCCACAAGCUCGCCCACAGCUGCGGCGUGUGCGGGAAAAUGUUCUCCAGGCCCUGGCUGCUCCAGGGACACCUGCGCAGUCACACGGGCGAGAAACCCUACGGAUGCGCUCACUGCGGCAAGGCCUUCGCCGACAGGUCGAACCUCAGGGCCCACAUGCAGACCCACUCCUCGGACAAGAACUACGAGUGCUCGAGGUGCCGCAAGACCUUCGCCCUCAAGUCGUACCUCAACAAGCACCUCGAGUCCGCCUGUCUCAGAGACGAGGACGCCGCUCCUCCGGCAUCCGGAAACAGGUUGUAG